AAUUUUCUGAUCGAGCCAUGGUUACCAAUGGUGUAUAUAAUGGACCGUAUUGUGCACGGAUGUUAGAGUAAGAUAAACCUUUGCACAGAGACAGAGAGAUCUUGGGAGAUGGCAGGAGCUGUGCAGAGUGUCAAUUUUUCCAAGGCACUUCCAAUGAAUGGUGGGCAUGGCCUGUACAGCUAUAGCAAGAACUCCACCUACCAGAAAAAAGUUAUAGUUGCAGUCAAGGAACUUAUCACUGAGGCAAUUGCUGAGAAGCUCGACAUCUGUGUCCUAUCUUCAUCGAACACCAUUUGUGUCUCAGACAUGGGAUGUUCUGUUGGACCAAACACUUUUGUUGCAGUUCAAAACAUAGUUGAAGCCGUGCUAAACAAGUAUCAAAGCCAAGGACAUGAUCAUUCUAGACUGCCGGAGUUCCAAGUUUUCCUCAACGAUCACGCUUUGAAUGAUUUUAACACGCUCUUCAAGUCCCUUCCUCCCAACAGGAACUACUACGUUGCCGGCAUGCCGGGUUCCUUCCAUGGUCGUUUAUUCCCGAAUGACUUUCUUCACAUUGUACACACUUCCUAUGCUCUCCAAUGGCUUUCUCAGGUGCCUAAGGAGGUCGAGAACGUAAGCUCUCCUGCUUGGAAUAAGGGAAGGAUAUAUUAUUCCAGUGCUGGAGAUCAAACUGUCAAGGCUUACGCGGAUCAAUUCGCCGAGGACUUGGAUUGCUUCUUGCAUGCCAGGGCACAAGAGGUUGUCUGUGGAGGGUUGAUUAUACUCAUGGUCCCAGGCCGCACGGAUACAAGCCCUCAUACUCGAGUGUUUUCCAACAUUUCAUAUGACAUAUUGGGAUCUUGCCUUAUGGACAUGGCUAAGAUGGGAAUCAUAAGCGAAGAGAAGGUGGACUCCUUCAACAUACCUAUAUAUUUCUCCUCUCCUCAAGAACUAGAGGCGACUGUAGAACGAAAUGGUUAUUUUAACCUAGAAAGACUUGAGUGCCUCCCCCUAGAAAAGAGUCAAGACACUAUUCCACAGAAAGCAAGAGCCGUAUCAUAUCACAUCAGAGCUGGUUUGGAGUUCCUUUUGAAGGAGCACUUUGGACAUGAGAUCCUGGAUGAGCUUUUUGACUCGUUCAAUGAAAAGCUCGAAAAAUCUGAAGUCUUUCAGCUGGGGCUAACAUAUAGUUUGCUUGCAUUACUUAAACGCAAGGAAACAUGAUUGGCGUUGGAAGAUAAACUUGUAUUUUAAUAAUGGUUAAUGAAGACUUUUAAUUAAGUUCA